CUGAGUGAAGAUAUGUCUACCAUAUUGGGAGAAAGUUAGCUGAAUUUAGUAGAGAAAUUGCCUCAGUCUCAGAAUUUUCUAAUAUUAUGUUAAUAAUUUCAGCGAUAAUUAGAUAAUUAAGACGGUUACAAUUCACAGCCAUUGUUUAGUGAGCUCCUUAAUUUGGUGCGAUCAGGUUUGAGACCUCUGAAUUAAUUGGAAAUUUUUGAUGUUAGGAACCCAGUAUGAAUUUCGGAUCUGAAACUUUUUAUACCUUCUCUUAGUAGUCUUGCUCUUCAAACAGUGAGAUGUCUCCCAAUUUUCAAAAUUGGACUGAUAUUCAUAAAUUUUAUGUAGUUCAAAACAGUUGAAGAGUAAUCGGUCAUAGGCUAGCUGAGAUAUAAAUUCGACUUUGUAUCCCUAAAUCUUGGUUUUUGAUUGCUCAACACUUUCAAAAGUACACUUUUUAUACAUUCAUGAAUCCUGAUUUGAGGAAGUUAAUAAUUAUGACAAUGUUCUGAAGCAACUUCCUUUAUCUUAUUCGUAGACUUAUCCAAAUAUUGAGCACAGCCAAUGCUCAAUUAAUUAAAGCUAAAUUUUGGACUUGUUAAAUAGCAAGAAUAGCCUCCAUGAGUUGGAUUAUAAUAGUGCACUUUUGGCCACCUAUAAUUUUGUUCAGAGUCCUUUAUGAACGGAGAUUUAGAAUAAAGCUACUAUCAGAUUUAUUAGUUUCCAAAUUAUUUAUAAAAUUUUACUAUUGUUAAUACAUUUUAUGGGUAAAAAUUUGCUCAAAGUUUCAUAAUUCUUAAGAAAACUAGUCUUGAGCAGUACUCACACAAAAUAUAGGAACAAAAUAACAACAUGACACUGCCAAAUUACAGGUUUAACAAUCGGAAAUUCUACAAGGACCUCCAAUGGACUGAGAUGAACACCUUCAUUCGUCAGGAAGAUGUUGAACGGAAUGAGAAAAAUGAUAUACUCUGGAAAAAAUUAAUUAAUAACUCGAAGGAAAGACACCCAGAAAACUACUUUGAAACGGUUAAUUCUACUGAUUAUUCAGCCUUCUACAAUCACAAAGAGGGUAAGAGAGGAAAUGACAAAAGAGUUUUUCUCCUGAAGAACGGCAAAAGGAAUAUAUUCAGUCCUUCUCCUUCUUUUCAUGAGGAGGAAGUAGGCCAUUUUGAGAAUUUGCAGUCAGAAAACCCUCAUGAUAUAACACGGAACUUACAAAGAAUGAAGCAGAAAGAGAAUAUUCCCAAAAUGAAUCAACAAGAAUUACCCAACUGCACAAGUCCAAAAAACAACAAAUUAGUAAACAAGACUGUGAUUAGCCCAAAAUUGAGAAACCAGAUUAAGGAGCUGAACAAGCCUAGGAUAUCAAAUUUAGUAGCUCCAUCGAUUUUCGACCGGAGCAAGAUAGCAAAACUUAUGGAGAAAUAUACAUUUAUCAGACCUAGCCUCCAAAGAUACAGAAGCCCUGAUGCUCGGAACAAUACUGCAUAUCAAACUAAUCGAUUAGAGAACCUGAAGAAUAACUUCUUUGACCUUGAGAAGACCAAAAGAGAGCUAUUCCCACCUCAAAAGAAGAAGUAUAGGCCCCGAAAGCCUGCUUUGACAAAUAUGAGACUUCCUGUGAGGCCUAAGAAGAAAAUUUCCGAUGUGAGUGAGCUCCUAAUGGAGUCUCCUUUUAUCAAGAAUACACUAAAGGGGCCUGCAAAAGGAAAUGCUAAAUUCAGCAUCUCAGAUCAAGAGAUUGAGAGAAUUAAGAACCAGAUAUGGAAAAAGAUGAAGCUGAGUAGUCCUAAGAAGCGUGACUUAUAAUUAACUCUACUAAUUAACCUUCUCCCAG